CAUUUCAAAAUUUCAAACCCUAACCAGUUAACGCUCGCUCUCUCUCUCUCUCCCUCGCUCUCUCACACACGCACACACACACACACACACACUAAGUGACCGAAUCAAUCGACCCUAAUGGCGGAUCAACCAGAAACCCUAGGCCAGAAAGACGACGAGGAGAGUGAGCUGGAAGAGUUGGAGGAAGAAGUGAACCAAAUGGCUCAGAAAAUUCUUGAAUUCAGAGCUAAACUACCAGAUCAGCUGAAGAACACUCUCGCUUCGAUUCUUGCUGCUCAGAGACCCACUCUUGUUACACUUUCCGGAGAUGGAUCUGAACCCGGACCCUCGAAUGACUCCGACAAAGGUAAUGGGGCCUUGCUAGCAGAAGAGGAUCAGGAGAAUGCUGAUAAAAUACAAUUGUUGAAACAAAAGAUUUCGAGCAAUGCUUCUUCUAUGCCUAUUGUUUUGAAGAGGAUGAAAGAGUGUAUGUCUAAAAUGGACAAAUUAGAGUUGAGCAAUGGAAUCAUCCAUCCUGCUUUUAAAAAGAAACGAACUAGCUAACUAAGUUCAUAUCAGAUUUGCUUGAUUAUGGUAUGUAUACCUUCCACUUGAGGAGAAAGGAAUGUAUUAUCAGGAUUGACAGGCUCCAAGCUGUGUAUGCUGAAUCCAUGCAGCCAGCUAAUAGAGACGACAGGGAGUUGCUGACCAAAAUGGCAUCUGCCAUCCAGGAUGUAAGAGUUUUCCUUGUGUUGUAAUCACUCCAAAGCAUUAAUAUGUAACUCAUGACAUUGUUGCUGGACUGCUAGGAGCAGCCACUGAUGAUUUGAUGAAAAGUAUA